UAGUCUAGACUGUCCACUAAGCCUGCUCUCUGUGCGGUUCUGUGUUCCCUACUAGGAAAGUUCACUGUCAUUUCAUGUGCAGUGUGCAGAAAAAUCGUUUUCAGCCUAGGCGACAGUAUUCGGGUUAUUAUGUGCAGACGAUACUCAAUUGGUAAUGAGGUUGCUUACACGCAAGCAGCGCCUCGGCUAUAAUGAGCAACUAUUACAACCGAGAACCGCUCAUAUCAGCCUAAUAUGAGUUAUUCUGGUUUCUCGGCUGUAUUAAAUUCCAUACGGCAACUGAUUGCGAGAUGCUCCAUCGUAUUUUGGGGCGUAUGUUUGUGGAACGAAAUAGUACGUAGAUAAACUCCAAACCAGAACAAUCAGCUUGCGUUUUUCUGCAAAUCAUUAAGUAAUUUGAAUGUAAAUCAGUUUGGGAUUGAUAGUUUCAAUAGGCCCCCUGUUGGCGCCGUUGGCAGCCCCAUACCAAAAUCGUCAAAAUCGCAAAAUGUAAAUCAGCAAAAUGUCAACUUUGGCGCUGUCGGCGCUACUUCUAACUUACUAGCCUAUGGAAAACUAUAUCUAACUAUCGUGAGUAUAGCGAGGUGUGAGAAUGACUUUCGAGCAUCCAAGCUUUCGAGAUGCCAGUGAGAAGUGAGACAAAGACAAGACUAGGCAGAGUAAGGUGAGCACUUUCACUAGAGGCGAACAAACAUAUAUGUUAAGUUUGUUCUAUUCAUAAAUUUGUAUACCUCUGAAUUACGACGAUGUCGUACCAAUUAUACAGAAAUACAACGUUAGGAAACACGUUGCAAGAAAGUUUAGAUGAACUAAUACAGUAUGGCCAAAUAACUCCACAAUUGGCAGUCAAAGUAUUAUUGCAAUUUGACAAAGCUAUUAACCAAGCCUUAGCGACAAGAGUCAAAUCAAGACUUAGUUUUAGGGCUGGCAAAUUGAACACAUAUAGGUUUUGUGAUAAUGUAUGGACAUUUAUGUUGAAUGAUGUCGAGUUUAGAGAAGUACAGGAGGUGGCUAUUGUAGAUAAAGUUAAAAUAGUAGCCUGUGAUGGAAAAACACUUGAUACAGACCUUGGACCAAAGCGGUAACAAACUGCCUCCUUUCUAAUUCAAUUUAAUGCAUAGGAUAUUUACUUAAAUAAAUAAUCACUCAAUUAUUUAUCUCUUUGUAUUUGACUUAUUUGUGAUAAAAAUAAUCAAUAAAAAAUUAUGAAAAAAUUUACUUC